GAACGAAUAUGAUGGUGAAGAUAGAAGUAAUGAAAGUAGGAGCGAAUAUGAUGGUAAAGAUAAUAACAGUGAUGAGAAUGAAAAUGAAAAUUAUUAUAUUUGGGAGAAGAAUGAGGAUAAAGAUAGCUGGAACAAAG